GAAGUGUAAAGUGAGUGGAAAUGAAGCAGCUCAGUGUCUCGGCUCUCCUGCUCCUGUUGUGUGGAACAUUUCCUUCCAGUGCAGGACUGGAGGAGUCUGAACACAAAACUUCUGACUGGACAAAAGCUUUAGAAAACAUCAAGGAUGGAAUCCAGAAGAUACACACUUACUACAUGUAUUUCAAAUACAUCAAAAACGCUCUGGAUUUCAUUCGAGGGUCUGAUGGACUGUGUGAAUUUAAAUGCACUGAUGGAGGAGAAAAGCCCUUUCCCCGACCUGGGUACAAUCCACCGCCCAAUGGAUGCGGCUCUCCGUUGGUUGGAUUCCAUCUAAACACACUUCUCAAUGCACCUGGCGCAGAACCAUUCGCACCCAAAAUCUCCAACUUCACAAGUUCAGGAAAACAGAUUGAAGGUGUAAUAGAGUACAUUCUCCAAUAUGGAGAUAGUAAUAUACCAAUCAGCUUUCUCAGUGAGCUCCAAAAACAAAGCGGUAAUUAUACAUCAGUUCCUCGAUCAAGUACAACAGUUCCACUGUUGUCUUCAGCAGCAACUCCAAUAAUAAAAUCUGGUUCAGCUGUGGUUCAGGCCAGACUGGCCUUCAACUCCUUCACUCCCAUUCCCAGUGAGAGUUUGGUCCUCAGUGCCAUCACAUCUCUGUUGAGUUCUCGAUUCAAAGACCUCAGUGAUUCACUAACUGUGCUGAACUUCACCUACGAGAAUGUUUCAGAGACAUCCUAUGCAGUCAUCUUCACAUUCAGCAUCAGUAACAUGAGCAUUCCAGAGAACCCCGACCUAAGGAAUGGCACCUACACCCAAGUGGAGAACAUUAUCAGUAAUGCUCUUACCAUAAUCCUGGCUGGCCCAGUGAAUUCUACUUUCCAUCCUCAAAACUCCAACUUCACGAACAUAUUUAAUCAGAUUGUCGGGGAAAUGCUGUACAAUUUCCAAAAGGAAAACAUUACACAACUAAUCAACUUGCUCAAUAUUUUAAACGGUUUGUCACCAACCACCACUGUGCAGAGCACUUCACCUCCAUCUAUACUGGGGACUGUGUUGAUUUAUAUCCGUCUAGUGUUUAAGAACUUGACCAAUGUACCAAGUGAGGCUGAUGUUCUCAAAGCUGCCAAUGCUCUGCUAGACUCAAGUGUCAGGUUGGCACGAGAUACUGAAACAGUAAGAGUGUAUAAUCCUGUCAGCAUACAGAAUGUCACCUACCAGAAAUUCGGCAUCAACUCGUACAUUAUUAGCUUUGGAUUUGAAAUUAGCAAUAUAAGCUUUACUGUAAACACGGGACUACGGAAUGAAACAUAUGAUGUAAUCCAAAGCACCAUCAACCAUCUGCUUAACAGAAUUCUGAAUGCCCCAAAUUCUACACCAUUUACCUUCCCAAGAGCAAACUAUAUGAGUAACUCUACCAUGAUUGUGGCUGAUUCAGAAUAUGUCUUUUCGGAAGGUGAUAUCAAUUUCAAACCAAGUGGAUUUCUUUCUCAGAUACUCGUAGUUAGUGGUCUGAGUUCCCCAUCCCCUAACACCACAGUUCCCACUUCUAAUCUCACUUCUGAGUUUGGUUUGUUAUCAACCCUCACUGAGAAAGAGCUUCCAGGAUGGGCACUGGCCAUCAUUAUCCCCUGCAUUAUAGCUAUUAUUCUCAUACCAUGCUGGAUUCUACUCUGCUGUCUGCUGUGUGGCUGCUGUGCUGGUUUAAGGAGACGUUACAGUCGAAGGCGGUCCUACAAUGUCCAAUACACAACACGAAAUGGACUCUUUUAAAAACAGACUGAAAGCAGACAGUUCCUCCCAAAAGAUGUUAAAAAAAACUGAAAAAAAAUAUCUAGUUUGAUUUAAAGAAAAUAAUAUAAUUUAUAUAUUUAACUGAUUCAUACUUUCCAUUUUAAUUGAUUAUUUCUAUGCCACAAAAUCAAUACAUUUCUAAAGUCUUCAUUAGCAGAUAUCAUAUGAAACUUUUCUAGGUUGAAGUGAAUGAAAUAUUGAAUGCACUAGUGAAUAAUACUUUCAAUUUAAAUUUUAAUUUAUUCUUUAAAUGAAUGUCUUGGAAAUAAAUGUAAUCCAAUUCUAAUUAAUAAUAAUUAUAUAAUAGUUUUAAUUUUUUUUUCCUGACCGGGCAUUUAGAAUAUAACACAAAAUUCUUUGCAGUCUGUUUCACAAGCAUUAACAACACAGCAAAGCUAUCUAAAAUAAAUUAGCACACUUGCGCCUGUACAGGAGUACCACACAUCAAGUCAAUAAAUUAAAAUCGUCUGAUACAGCUGUGUAAAGUGCAGGUAUACAGUGGUACUGAGUCUUACUGGGUUAGGUGUUUGAAUAGUCCAGGUGAGUGUUGAGUAAUCUCACUGCCUCAGUGAAGAAACUGUUGCAGAGUCUGCCGGUGGUGGCACGGAUGCUCCUGUACCUUCUGCCAGAUGGCAGGAGGGUGAAUAGUCCAAUUAAAGGGUGAGAAGGUUCCUCUACAAUACUAGUGGCUUUGCAAAUGCAGUGGUUGUUGUAGGAAGUGUUGAUGGUGGGUAGACAGACCCCGAUGAUCUUUCCAGCUGUCCUCCCAAUUCACUGUAGGGUCUUGCGGUCAGAGACUGGUCUGCUUCCGUACCACACGGUGAGACGGCUGGUCAGGAUGCUCUCUUUUAACCCUCUGUAGUAGGAGGUGAGGAUGGGAGGGUUCCCUUCAGCUCCCUCAGGAAGUGGAGGCACUGCUUGAGCUUCUUGGCCAGGCAGGUGGUGUUGAGAGUCCAGGAGAGGUCCUGUGUCAUGUUCACCAAGAAGCUUUGUGUUAACUAAGUAUUUUAAAAGGAACUUCAGUAUGAUCAUCAUUAUAGUUUGAACUUUAAGUGUCUUGUAUAGGAUGUUCUCUUGUAUCUCUUUUAACUGAAAUUGUCAACUAUUCUCUGAACUAUUCUCUGGGUGCAGCUGAAGAAUUGGGCAGAAUUUCAGAAGAGCUCUACUCUCAUUUAUUUUUAAUGUGCUUUUCAGUGCACUUUCAAAAAAACUCAACUAAAAAGGGCAAACCAAUCUAGCUCCGCCUUCACCAGCUUUUGCCUGGUUCAAGUUCAAGGUUCUAGUUCAUGCUCUGUGGGCAUGAGUACGUGUUUCAUGAACUACCAGCUCUGCACCUCUCUCUUUCCCUCUAGUUAUCACAGUUACUGAAAGCACAAAGAAACUAUAUUAAGACUGGCGGUAAUAGGUGGACACAGGUGAGAAUUAUCACAUUAAGAGAGGUGGGUAGUCAUAAUUUUACUCAAGUACAAGUAAAACUACUUCUAUUACUUAAACUAUUUAAAUCUCAGACUACAUGCAGAACUGUAAGUCACCCAUGUGAAUGGGUGAAUGAGAAACAGUGUAAAGUGCUUUGAAGAACCGCUAAGGUUAUAAAGCGCUAUGUAAGUGCAGACCAUUUACCAUUAUAUGUGAUA